AUGUCAAAUAAAACCCAAAUAUCAAUAUAAGCAUAGGCUACAGGUGAUGAUGUACCUAUAGUCUCUGUAAUUUAAUAAAUGAGAUAAAAUAAUUAAGAUUAAGAGGAUGUUCCUCUUAAGACAAGAUUACCUGCAUCUUAAAUAAACUAAAAUUUGAAUUAAGUUUAAGAGUAAAGGGAUAAUUUCAGAUAACCUAUUCAAUAAUAACCUUAGUCAUAACAUUUUGUAAUAUAGUAGCGAUAAUAGUAAUAUGAAAUGAUUCAACAAAGAAAGUAAUUAGAUCAACCUAAUGAAAUAAAUGAUGAUAAUAAAUCAUUCAGGGAUGAAGAAUUAAAAAAAGAGGAUAGAUGUAUUGUUAUUUGAUAGUAUUUAGUAAUUUUACUAGCACCAUCUUAACCAUAUAGUAGAGAACCUUAAGUUCUAAAAUGUGAAAAAUGUUAAACUGUUAUGAUAUCAAAAGUGGAAUCAAAGCCAGGAUGGGGAAGUUGUUUUUGUUGCUGUUUAAUGUUUUUAACUCCUUUUUUCUUUUUGUUUUUUUUACCUUUUUUUUUGAGAGUAUUAAGUAUAUUAUAAAUAAGUAAUGUAAAGAUGCUCAUCAUUAUUGUUAAUCCUGCUCAAAUAAACUUGGUACAUAUUAUUUUAUUUGUGAAUGA